AUGAUCAAAGAGACAUAUGACAAACAAGAAGAACAAAAUUUAAAAAUCACUUUUGAACCUCCAAAUUGUUAUACUCCUCAUUUUUCUCUUCUUCAACCACAAAUUGAAGAAGACCCAGAAAGAUAUCUUAUGUAUAGUUCUGGAGAUAAUUAUGCAUCAUCAAUAUUCUCUACAUAUCCAACAAUAAAUGAAGUAAAAUUUGGGAAACCAAUUGCUGAUACACAUGCAAUUGAUAUCUUUGAUAAUUUUGUCAUUGUUUCAAUUGCCGAUGGUUGUGGGAUGGGAAAUCUUCCUUCAAAAGCAUCUAAAAUCGCAUGUCAAAAAUUUAGAGAUUAUUUAGCUGUUGAAUUAAAUGGAAAAAAAACACCAAAACAAGUUGUUGAUGUAUUACUGAAAGCUGUUGCAUAUAUUCAAACUGAAUUAAUCAAUGGAGCUGAGGAUAUUCACUCAAUUGGGUUGACUACCUUUUUAGGUUGUGUAAUUUUAAAAAUUAAAGGAGAUGAUGAUAAAUAUGCGGUUGCUUACGUUAAUAUCGGUGAUUGUAGAGGUAUAUUGAUGAGACCACAAAACGACAUUUGUUGGGAAUUAGUAAGUGGAUAUAAACCAAGAAUUGAUGUUACAAAUGCAUGUGGAAGAUUAGGACCAGCAGAAUUAGAUAAACCUGAUUUAGGGAAUUUUACAUGUGGAAUUAAUAUUUGUAUGACUGGAGAUAAUUUACUUUUAAUGACUGAUGGAAUAUAUGAUAAUUUUGAUCCAAAUGUUCUUGGUAAAUCUCCUCAAGAUUAUGGAAUUAAUAAAAUGGUUUGGGAUGAAAGUAUUCCAGAACAUCGUAAAAAGAGAAAUGAAAUAUUUUAUUCAUUGUUAAAAGAACUUUACACUUCACCAUCUUCUGCAAAAUUAACUCAAAGCAUUUAUGAUUUUGUUGUUGAAAAAACUUCUGGUGCACGACAACAAAAAAUUGAUAACCAAUUAGGUAAAUAUGGAUUUAAUAUUGUUCCAGGUAAAAUGGAUCAUUCGACUUUUGUUUCUUUAAUUCUAUCAGAAGAAAUGUUUAAAAUUAGAGAAGUAACUGAAGAAGAACUUGAUAUUCCACCUGAUAUGAUGUAA